CAACAACAACCCAAAAAGGUUGGUUACUGUCUAUACUGUGGAGACAAGUUUUAUCUGACGCCGUGCAUUCCACGGAUUAAAGUUAAUGUAAAAUUUAGUAAAAUGCUUAAAGCAAUUAACACUUCACAAACUUUCGCUCAGCUAGUUGAGACAAAGUGUGCUGAAAUAUUCUUUCGCAAAGAGAAUUGCUUCACGAUAAUCUGCUCGUAUUGCGAACUGAAGACUUUUAAUUUUGAAGAGUAUUUAUUGCAUUUCAAAAAUGCACAUCUCGCAUCAGAGAAAACUUCAAACAGUGAAUCUUUUGAGGAUGCAGUUGAGAUAAAAAUUGAAAAUUUCGAUGAAGAGCCGAAAAGUACACCAGAAGGAUGUAAGGAAUUAGAUUCCCACGCAGAAUUCGAGUCUUUAACUUCUAACUCGCCUAUUGAUGUCAACGUUAAAAAAGAGGUCGAUAUUUUGGAAGCCGAUAAUGAGUGGCAAAGUGAUAGGGAAACUGAUUACAGUAGUGACGAGCAAAGCGAUCAGGAUCCAGAGUUUGUUCCAAGGAUAUUGCAUAGCGAACCAAGGAAAAGCAACAAUCCAACCGAGUACACUUGUAAAGAAUGCAGUAAAAGCUAUAAAUUUGCUAAGAAUUUGGACCGUCAUAUAAAAAAAUGCCACUGUAAUGAUCCUGAAUAUUGUUGCGUACGGUGUAAGCAGAGCUUUAGCGAUGAGCGGUCGUUGAACGAACACCAGCGCAAAAGGCAUGCCGGUUUUCCCUGCGAAGAAUGCGACAAAGUCUAUUCGAGUAAAGAAGGUUUGACCAUUCAUCGAUAUAACCAUACAGGGGUGCGUAGUUUCCAUUGUACGAAGGAAGAUUGCGGCAAGUCUUUUUUUAAUCCAAAACAGCUAUCUAUGCACACUCGUUAUGUUCAUAAAUUGGAAAAAAAUUUUGUUUGCGAAGUAUGUGGAUACCGUACUAAGGGGCAGCCCUCACUGAUCGUACACAAACGAACACACACUGGAGAAAAACCAUUUAUUUGCAAAUUAUGUGGCAAAGGUUUUGCUUCAAAGUCAUUGUUGUAUGAACAUGAGCCUUCGCAUUCGACUGAGCGACCACACGUAUGCGAUGUCUGCGGAAGGGCCUUUGCACGACCCAAAGCUCUCUAUCAUCAUAAACAUCUACAUCUGGACGUAAAGAAAUUCAAAUGCACGCUCUGUGGACGCGCAUAUGCCCAAAUGGCUGGUUUGGCAGGUCAUAUGCGGCAGCAUAAAACGGAAAAGUCUGUAGAGCUCUACCCAGAAAUCCACCGGGCAACGGUAAAGCUCCGCUCAGAAUUGCAGCGGACGUCGGUAAAGCGCUGUCAAAAUUAAAACUCGCAAAGACAUAUGGAAUGGCUCAUAAUUGCGGCGGCAGCGUUUUUACAGCCGACGUUUUUCGGUUGAGUUAAAUUUAUUUCUAUUUUUACCGGUCAGCGAGGGCGGCACAAUGUUUAUUGAGUAUUGAUUGUGAUAAU